GACAUUGAUAUACAUACAACACAUCAACCCACUAACCCUAUAUCGAGAAGAAGCUUAUUGUUCCAGAAUCAGGUGUAAGUACUGUCAAAACAAUGUCUGAUAUCCCUCAAGUUCCAUCCCCAUGGGUGCUCAAAGCCACUGCCUAUGCUUUUGGCUUCUGGGUACCCAAAAAGGAAGUUCGUGAGAAAGGGUUGCCUAGCCAUAUCGCCUACUCACCACUCGAAGCUUCAUCUUCUUAUGCGAACCCGGCCAACAGUAGACCGCUGGGCGGUCUGGCCAUGGUCGAACUCUUUCGGUAUACCGAAUCUCCAGUCGGACCGUACGACGAGAUCAUCCUGACACCUGGUUUCCACGAGUAUACGGUCGAUGGCAAGGAUGGGAAGCCUGAGAAGAGGAAGAACACGCGGGUGACGAGGAUCUACGUGAGCCAGAAAAACACAUGCUGGAAUGGAAGGAAGAAUUGGAACAUUCCCAAACACCUGGCGCAUUUCGAAUGGACCACCAAUUCAGACGGCUCUGAAACGGUCCGCGUCUUUCCCAACGACACAAGCGGCGAUGCCAACGAAGCCACCGUCAGCACGAUCCCUUUCUUCCAGGCGACCAUCAAGCCGGUCCCGUACGCUCCCGCCUUUCCCAUGUCGACGACGCCGCUCAAAUAUCUCGGCCUGGACAUCUCCAUCGUCGCACCACCACUCCCAGAAGGCAAAGGAAGCCAGGGAGAACUACCCGGUACGGACAAGUGGUGUGCCAUCCUGCCGGGGAUAUCUUCUCCGAGGGUCAUGCUGGCGUGGUUUGACAUCAAGCAGCCAGACCAUGGAUUAACCGUAGAAGAGGCCAAGAGCAGAGGGAUGAGCACGGAAGAAAAUUUUUGGCCAGGGCUUGGGAGAUGGCAGUUCGGAGUUAAGAUGGAGAACACGACUGUGGAUUUCCCCGAGGCCGAAUAUUGGGAUCCGCCAAAGUCGCAUUUGUAAUGCCGAUAUACAGGCAACUGGCUCUUGUCCGAAGUAGAGUAUCUCGCUUCACUCGGCUCCCGUCGCACUAGCUCCUGCGCUCACAACCGCCUCAUCGAUCGCAUACAAGGAGAACUCGAGCUACUCGGUUUACAAGUCAACAGUGAUGUAUGGACUUUUGACUACGAGAAUGUUUCCUCUCUCAAUCCAGGCGGGCUCUUCAUCAACUGCCAGGAACUGCGUGUCUCAUCUACGGCCCCCUACUCCGGUCACACUCCAGGCGUCACGGCUCAACUAGUGGCCAUUUCGGGAUCUACCAGCGAGACGGAUUGGUCACGUGCUAAAGACGCCAUAGCAGUUGUCAACAUCACCAACGCACCAGUCGAUCUCAACAUCAUCACUCCCAUCUGGCCUGGCUCGCCACAAUGGAAUCAAGGGCCUAUAACUGCAGUGCCCAGCGUCAGCGUCAACCCCGUCGUUGCAAGGCUGGCAGGUGCUCAUGAGGCAGGUGUCAAAGCAGCCAUUUACGUCUGGGAUGGCAUCACGGAUGAUCUGGCUACCGGUCUGUACGCGCCAUUUAACACGGGUUGGCUCGGGACUCCUGCCAUCUUUGUGUCUGGCUCAUCUGCAGACGUCGUACGAGCUACCCUCGCAGUCAACGGCACAGCAACAGUCUCGUUGCCAGGAGAACUAGUGCCAAACACCCCCACCCGCAACAUCUGGACCGUCAUUCCGGGUACAACUCAUCCCAACGAGUCGGUUUUGUUGACUACACACACAGACGGGACCAACAUUGUCGAGGAGAAUGGUCAUAUCCCUCUCCUGGCGUACGCCAAGUUUCUAACCGACCACCCACCACAACGCACAACCGUCCUGGGCUUCAUCACGGGCCACAUCCACUCGGCAGCUUUCACAGACACGAAGCGUUCGACGAGCCGCUGGAUGGCAGACCACCCUGAACUAUGGAACGGGACGUUCGGGAUGAAGGCAGUGUUUGCGUCGUGUGCGGAGCACCUGGGCGCUGUUGCAUAUGAAGAGGAUGUUGCUGCGGGUACGUACAAGUCGACUGGGAGACCGGAGGAUGAGAUACUGUACGCGUCGACGCCCGAACUGGUAGACCUACUACGGAGGGAGUGGCGCGGUGCUGAUCCUGGACUGGUGAGGGUGAUCGACCCCAAUCAGGGGCCGGUAGAGCAGUUUGGGGAGGGACUGCCAUUCUUUUGGGCUGGUAUCCCGGAGGUUUCGCUGAUAACGAGUCCGAGCUGGUUACUAAAUGAGUUUUCACACCUUGAUAACUUUGAUGAGAGGCAACUGAUUGAUCUGGAGGCGCUGCAGAGGCAGGUUGAUAGCUUUGUCAGAGUAUGGCGAGCUGCUGAUGCUGUAGAGGUAGCGAGGUAGUCAAGCAGUCAGAUAGGCACCUAAGUAGGUAGUCUGGUAAAUCAGGCAGGUUUGCAAGCAGGUUGGUAGUUUUUUUUAUGUACAUUAGUCCCCAGCGGCCGACGAUAUCUACAAGACAACCACUGUCGGAUCAGCAUACAUGCUAUAAAGAUUUGAAUAAAUUUAAACUGUAAU